AUGGGUAUUGUCACCGUCCAAUGGUGCUUGUUUGGGUAUUCAUUCGCUUUUGGGCCGGGUAAUAGUGCUUUUGGGUCGUUUCAAUAUGGUGCACUCCGUUAUCCCGAUCAGACAAAUCUGUACGGCCAAGAUCCUCAUCCAGUUCAAUCACCUACAUUUCCAGUUCUCAGUUUUCAAGCGUACCAAGCAGCGUUUGCCGUUAUUACACCUGCGCUGUUCAGUGGAGCCAUUGUCGGACGAGUAAAACUUGUGCCUUACAUGAUCUUCAUAUUUCUCUGGUCAACAUGCUGUUAUGAUCCUUUGGCACGAUGGGUUUUCGCAACUGAGGGCUGGUUACAUCAAUAUGGCGCGCUUGAUUUCGCCGGUGGGACAGUUGUACAUAUCUCGUCAGGCGUCUCUGCUCUGACAGCCGCCCUUAUCCUCGGAAAACGACACGAUUAUGAUCCGACAAAAGAGAUAAUGGGCCACAACCUACCAUUUACAGUCCUAGGUACCGGUUUAUUAUGGAUAGGAUGGAUGGGCUUCAACGGAGGAUCCGCCACAGCUGCUAACGGUCUGGCUUCGCUAGCACUGACCAACACGAAUACAGCCGCAGCUUCUGCUCUGCUUACUUGGGUGAUCAUUGAUGCUGUACGUGGAACUGUCACAAUAUCUGGUGCAUGUUCGGGAAUUGUCGUUGGUCUCGUUGUCGUCACACCUGCUGCGGGAUUUAUCCAGCCGGGUUGGGCACUUCUCAUGGGCAUGAUUGGAUCGAUUUUUAUCUACUUUGCAUGUCAACUGAAGAAGAAAUAUUUUCAUUUUGAUGACACACUCGAUGUAUUUACGUGCCAUGGCCUUGGCGGCAUGAUGGGCGCAUUGUUAACUGGUCUUUUCUGUCAAAUACAAGUCAAUCCCGCGGGUUUUGACGGGGCAUUCUACGGUAAUCCGUUUCAACUGUGGCGGCAACUGUGUGGUGUCCUUACUACAAUUGCUUUUGCAGCAGCUUGUACAGCCGGCAUUUUAUUACCAAUGCAUUUCCUAUUUGGCAUUAAAUUAAAUCCUGAAGACCAAGCCGUUGGUGUAGAUCGUGCCACUCAUGGAGAAUAUUGGCAUAUGGCACCUGGCUCAACGGCACAUCGCAAGAAUGACCAAGAAGGUAUCGGCAAGGUGAACAUCACAAGAGCAGAAAAUGGUAAUACCAACAGAGUUGCAAUCGUCGAAGAGUUAUUAGUCUAA